GGUCGUCGCCGGACCGGGACCGAGACCGGGGUGAAGUUCUCGCUCACUCACGCAGGGGGGACCACAGGUCUGCGUGUCGACAUACGUUCACCCCGCCGGUUUGCCAACCACCGGGGUGCCGAACCCCGAUUCGAACUGCAGGUCAAGCCAAAGUAAGCUCUGGUCAGUCGACGCUCUGUCUUGGAUUGCACACCCGCCGCUCGCAGCCCCUUCUUUCUUCCUGGCCAUCCACCCAGCUAACUUCGCUUGUCUGACUUCCCUUCCUCUCCUCUCCUCUCCUCUCCUCUCCUCUGCCGGUCGCCUCUCUGACUUCCCUCCCUCUCCUCUGCUCUCCUCUCAGCGCCUCCCCUCUGCUCUGCUCGGGUAGGCUACGUAGACUGACUCCCUCCCCUCCUCUCGUUGCCUGUUCUUUCCUCGGCAGAUUCUGUGCUCUUUUUAUUGCCGUUCUCGAAAAAAAAUAAUGCCGUACUCUCGAUUGCUUGCUACAAGCCAGACUUGAUCGAUUCUAUUCGAUUUGUUUGCCAGCACACACUCGUCGCGAAUCUUCUGUUCGUCCGUUCGUUCGCCCGCUUCCCCCGCCACCGUGGGCCAUUGCCCUCUGUGCUUGCAUCGUGGCGCGUUUGUUGAUUUGCACCCCACGUCCAAGUAAGGCCAUAGCUUCGUCGGCCAACUUUUCAUCUGAGCCUCACUCGCCAAUUUCGCAUCGUCGUCGUCUGCUUGGAGCGCCCGCGCGCGCUGGGCGGUGGAUCCUCGGGACUUACGGUUUUUUGGUUUCCCGCCAUCGCCAGGGGGGCAGGUUUUCAACGCCGCGCGCGCAGCGCGUCGUCCACGUCGGUACCAAUUCGCCCGCCACAGUUUUUCAUUUGAGCCUCAGAGUCUCCAAUUCACGCCACAGGUUUUCAUUUUGAGUCGUCCACGUCGGUACCAAUUCGCCCGCCACAAUUUUUCAUUUGAGCCUCAGAGUCUCCAACUCGCGCCACAAGUUCUCAUUUUGAGUUUUCAUUUUGAGUCUCCUCCUCGCGCCACAGUAACUGUUGUGUUGUUGUGCGUAUCGUCGGUGGGGGGGGGGUCGAUCUUCGUGAGUCGGCUGUUUCCCGCCGCCAUCACCGGCGGGGUCCAAACGCAGCGGGGGCUUGGCGGGUAUUCAGUAUUCAGCGCCGCUUACGGGGUCCGCCUGCCUCUGUUCGUGCGUUCGUCCAUCAUCCUUGUGGUGACCAACCCCGCCUUCUUCCCUCUCUGCGUGAACUUCACGUUUUCUGUCGUUAAUCGUCUUGGUCGAAACGCGCUAUGGCUUCCGCCGUCUGCUGCGAGCUGGCAACCGGCCCCGCUGUCGCCGCUUGCCAGUCGUACGAUGCUCGGUCUGACGUCAGAUCGCCGGCCGUUGCUACUGCCCUUCCCGUUGUGGGGUCCUUCAGCGCCAAGCAUCAGAUUGGAAAGGGCGGCGGCGGCGCUGCGCUGUCGAGCGCCAGUCUCUUGCGCGCCACCAGCGCGAAGCAUAUAGCCUCUCUCUGCUCCAGCGCCAGUCUUUUCCACUUAGGUGCGGCGGCUCAGCAAGAAGGGGUUAAUAAGGCCACCAGGAAGCGGCUAACUCCAGUGGUUGCGGCUUUGGACGACGACCAGCCUUCCGCAGGAUUUGAGAGCGAGGAGGAGGAGAAGGUGGUUGUGGAGACCGGGGAGGGAGGUGGUGCUACUGCUGUCGCAGUGGAAGCCAGUCCGUCCGACAAGGUUGCCGAGCUCAAGAGCGCGCUCAUCGACGCCCUCUAUGCUACGGACAGGGGGCUGCGAGCUAGCAGCGAAACGCGGGCGGAGAUCAUGGAAUUAAUCACGCAGUUGGAGGCUCUGAACCCCACUCCCUCUCCUACGGAAUCUCUCGCACUUCUCGAUGGCAAAUGGAUCCUCGCGUACACGUCAUUCUCGGAGAUAUUCCCUCUGCUUGCUGCAAGCAAUUUGCCGCUCAUCAAGGUUGGCGAAAUUAGUCAGACCAUCGAUGCCUCCGGAUUGACAGUUCAGAACCUGGUGACCUUCAGCAGCCCACUAGCAACGACGUCAUUUGGAGCAUCUGCAUCUUUUGAAGUUCGCAGUCCUAAGCGUGUACAGAUCAAGUUUGAAGAGAGUUCCAUCGGAACACCGCAGCUGACGGACUUCAUCGAUCUUCCCUCAGAAAUCGCUCUUAUGGGCCAAAAUGUAGACUUGACCCCUCUGCGAAGCGUGAUCAAGCCUGUCCAAGAAGCAGCCCAGAAUGUUGCCAAAUCUUUGGCGGAGCGACCCCCUCUAAAGAUCCCUCUUAGGGAUGGUGCAGCAUCCUGGUUGAUAACCACCUACCUUGACGCCGACUUGCGGAUCAGCAGGGGCGACGGCAACAGCGUGUUCGUACUCAUCAAGGAGGGCAGCCCGCUGUUGGAUAUGCUUUAAAUCCGCUCUCUAUGAUGCCCUUCUCGUCGCUUCUUCCAUCGAUGGACUAGUAGUUAUAAGCAGUGAAUGAUGACAGGUAGGUAGGUAGCUGGUGUGGUAUGGGUUUGUGUGUGAGAAUGUGUUAUUUUACAAAUACUUGUUUGGUAUCUGCGACUCUGCUGGUGAAUGCCGUAAAGCUGCUCUCCAUGAUGCCGUUCUCGUCGCUUGUUCCAUUAGUUACUUCUUAGCGGCGAUUCGGCGAAUGAUAGGUAGGUAGGCGGUGUGCUAUGCGUUGCAGCGGACGAGCUGUUAGCUAUGUCACUGUGGCUUUGUGUAUCUGUUCUUAUAUGGGGUCUCAGACCACCUGUUCCGCGGCUUGGUGUACGAUUGGCAGUCUAGGCAUUAUGUAUGUAUUCGAUGCCGGAGACAAAUGAACUGCUAUAAAAUAACGAAGUGGCAGAUGCAAACUUUCGACGUCUUAGCUAUGUGCGAUACGCAGAUGACUUUGUGAUAGGCAUUACCGGCCCUCUUCCUGACGCAAUUGAGAUACGUGAUCUUAUAU